UGCACCACCACCUCUAUGUGAAACUGGAGAAGUGUGUUUUCCACCAAACCACCAUCCCAUUCCUUGGCUAUGCCAUCGGCCCUGAGGGUGUCGAGAUGGAAGAGAAGAAAGUUAGCACGGCCAGUAACACCAGGUCCCCUGUCUGAUGCCGUUCCUCGGGACACUCCACCUCCCUGUCUGGAGAUCGAUGGGACAUCUGCCUAUUCUGUGCGUGCUCUCCUCGAUUCCAGACGCCGUCAAGGCCACAUGCAAUACCUGGUUGACUGGGAGGGGUAUGGUCCCGAAGAGCGAUGUUGGGUUGGCCGGGAUGACAUCCUGGAUCCGAAUCACGGAAUUUCACCGGACGCAUCCAAACCGCCCGGCACCUCGCCCACGGGGACGGCCUGCCGGUCGGCGCCCUCUCGCGGCUGGAGCAGCUCGUCAGAGGGGGGGUACUGUAACAGCCCUGCCUCGUUCCAACAGCAAUUCCCUGACUCCACCCACCAGAUCAUUAUCCCCUGUCUACUAAUUCAGUGUCUCGUUUCAGUUAACCCCUUGCACCUGAACACACCCCUAUUUAAACCCUCCUGUUCUGCCUCCCUUUGUGUUGCCUUAGUUCAAACGCCGAAGGACUGGUUGUCACUGCUGUGUUUGCUGCUCUCGUUGAACUUGUUACGUUUUCAACUUUCUGGAUUAUCUUCUGUGUGUUUGUUAUUGCCCUCGUGCAAGUUUUGUUUCUUGAUUAAAAGUCAAGUCCUGCAUUUGCUUCCGGCCUGGUCAUUCCUUGACAACAUUUGCCAUGGCAAAACAUUUACAUCCAUUUGUAUUGUCUUCUUACUACAGUAUGUGACCCUGUUUAUUAUCUAUUAA